CACCUCGGUACGGGCCAGCUUCCGAACGUCCCGUUGAACAUUUUCGAAACUAUGAAGCACUCCCCGCUGUACCAAAAUGCUCUCAGAACUACCAGCAACAACAACAUCACAACCAUGAACAACAACAUGUCCUGCUCACCACCCACUGUUAUAGACCACCAGAGCAUCACCAAAUCCAGCCAGAGGUUGAGUGACGCGGCCUGCAAACAGCUCAGCCCGGGCUCGUCCUGCAGCACGCCGGGAAGUUUCACAAUUCCAAAACCUCUCGAGCAAAGAGGGGGCUCGUACGAUUCCCAGAGCUCCGACUCAAGCCACAACGAUAUAUCCGUAAAAACAGAAGACAGUAUCGAAG